AUUGUAAUCUAAACACAUAUCGCCCGUGCAUGAUAAUAUGCUAAGAUAUGUGUAGUGUUAGAUUCCCAUUUAAUAUUCUUUUAUUUCAUCAGCUGGGAAUGCUUUGUUUCGCUGGGAUUAACUUUCUAUUUUAACUGUCAUUCAAGGAUAUAUAUAAAAAAGAUUGCUCACCUGGUUUUAAGGAACUCUUUACGCCAAAAUAGUUCUCAUCAUAUUAUGACGUUUCGUUGGUGAGAUGAUUUUGGAGUGGUAAAGAGGAAAGAAUGUCAGGAGAAUUUCUUUGUAAAUUACAUCAAAUUUAUGAAUAAAAGUGUAAAAAUAGACACACAUUAAAGAUGGACUGGGAAUACUAUAACAGCUAACAAUGAAAAUAUAUUUCAUUACUUCACGUGAAUUAGGAUUUUAAUAUAUUUAGAAUAGAUAUAACUUUUUGUCGAUAUGGGAAACUUAGGAACAAAAAAGAAACAAAAAGAGGAAGACAUUGCCGAUGACGUGUGGCUAAAGCUAAAUGAUGGUCAGCAAAAGUCACCUAAAAGUAAGAAAAAGAAAAAGAAAAAAAGAAAAAAGAAAGGAAAAGGAGAUUCUCCUGACAGAGUCGAAGAGAACGUGUCACAAUGUGACAGUUAUUCAUAUUCUACACUGAGUAGUAGGAAAUUAUCAGACAGUACCAUAGCAUCAGCUGGUACAAUCACACAGCAAAAUGAAAGGGACGAACACAACACAUCCAGAUUAUGUGGGACGAAUGUAGAUGAACAGUCCAAUGGAAGUAUUGGCUACGUCACUGCAUCAGAUACAUUCACGCCCCCUGUGCCACGGAAAGGCAUACAUGCGAAAUUUUCUCCUGUAAUAGCACGAGAUAGUCCGCGUGUUGUCCGGCGACUUUUACAACGUGAGAAAAUGUUAGAAAGUCCAGAGAAAAUCAUAGAAACUCCAAAUGAAUCAUUGGGUCAUCUUUCACCAAGAGCAAAAUUUUUCCUUACAACUCCUGAACCUCCGAAAAAUAUGGCAUUUGAAAACAGAAAAUUUUCUCGACAUAGUAGCGGAAGCUCUAUAGAUUCUAGAACAUUAACAAUUCAAUCAGACAAUAAAACGCCACAAAUGUGUUCAGAAGGCGGAAGUGACGAUAAAUCUUCAAAAAUAUGCAAAGAACGCGAAAAAGACAACCGUUGUAUAACGAAUGGGUCUUUAAUCGUUAAAUCAAGGCAAUUACAGCAGAACAAAAAUACAUGUGACAGCAGAUUUUCUAAUAAUAGCUUAGAGAUGAGUGACAGUACAACAGAAAAUCUUGUCAGAACUGGCGAAAAAGCUAAAUUAAUACGCUAUGAUGGCGGUAACUUGUCACCUGCCGAGAGGAGAAAGUGCAAACAAACUCAUCAGAAUGAGGUAGACAAAACUACUAAAAUAAUAUUACCUUUCGUGAAAUUUGAUAAUGUACACCCUCAGCAAGGUGUUCAUAGUAACUUUAUAGAUUAUAUCGAGAGGCCCGAGAGGGAUACACAAACUAAACGCGAAACUUAUUGUGUUUUUCAGAACGAGAAAUUAAAGGAGGAACAUGAUAAUGUACACUUAAAAGUUGAAAGUUGUGCCGAAUUUGUGCCACCUCCCUCACCUGCCUCAGGCGUUACACUUUUAGAGGUGGAUGAAUGUGCAAUAAACGAAAGUGAAACGUGUUCCGAAAUACAUCUAAGUAAGGACGAUGAAAUUUUCGGAGAUUCCAUUUGUAAAAGAUUAUCAUUGCUUUUGGAAUCUGAACAAGACAAUGCAAAGUUAAAUCGGUCUGAAUUUCACGAGUUUACUGAUUCACCGUCAUCCUCUCCAGAUAUACCGGAAGUACAACAAAUAGAUCCCGAUGAACGUUUCGAAGAAGACGUGUUUAGAUAUUUGGAACAAUCAUGCCUCAAGUCUACCGAUUUCGAUGACAAUUACAAGAGAAUUGAUGAGACAGAAUUAAAAAGUAAUCUAAAACGGGAAGAUAAAAAUUUAAAACUCAUUUGCAAAGAAAAUUACGAAAUAUUAACAGUACCAAAAGCUAAUGCCUCUGUUAAAACUCCUCAAGGUAGAGACAAUGCGUCAGUUUUAGAUGUUAUGAAUAAUAAUUUUAGAAUGAAAUCAACAGAUGAAGACAUAAAUUCGCAAGUCUAUGGUGGUACUGUAGUUGCACAACGAGAUGCAUGUCAAAAAGUAUCGAAACGAAAAAGUGAGCUAGACAUUGAGGAGCAAAUGAAACAUGAAAACGAGCUUAAUGAAAAAUUGAUCCAGCAACAAAUAGAAGUACUGCAAAACAUACUUUCAACUCAAAAUGAAACAAAUAAAAGAAAUUCCACGUUGUUCGCUGUUAACAAUAAACAUGCCAACGAUCCGGAUAAUUAUAUAUUGGUCACAAAGAAAACUUACGGCGUAAAACGUGGAAUUCUGGUAGAAUUAAUGGAUGAAGAGAAGGAUCUUUUAACACGUGACGUCAUUAAAACUAUGGACGGUAAUGAUUGGAUUGCAACCGGAAGUGAACAGAAAUAUAAACCCGAAUCAAUGAUUAUAGAAACAGGUCUUAACGUAAAAUGUCCUGUAUUUACCCAUGAUCAUAUUUCAAAGGAAGAAUCUGAAUUAUCUUGUUCGUCUGAAAGUUUGGAGAGUCUAACUGAACCAGUCUAUGACGACUUAGAUGAUUACCAGAGACAUAACCAGCAUUUGAAAUAUAAUGAAGGAGUGUUUGAUUUGGAAAAUAAAGAAAAUGUUCGACAUAACCGAGAAUUCGACAUAGACGAUUAUGAAUUUGAAAAACAUGAAAGAGAAUUUGAAAAAGACGAACACAAUUUUCAAAAACACAAACGGAAACUUGAAAGUCAUGAUCAGGAAUAUAGUGACAUCCCGUCAUCGGACGAGGAAAUCGAUUUUAAAAAUAUUCUGAAUAGGAGUCAAAGUCAGAGCGAAAGUGAUUGUUCUGAUUUUAGACCAAAAAGAGAACCAGAUAAUCUUUGUGAAGUUAUUAAAUCUUAUAAAAAUGAGGAUUAUUCAGAUUAUUCUGAUGAGAUAUCAGAAGAAGAAAUUUUAUACUCCGAAGAACCACGAACUGAAAGGCAAAUAACAGUAAAACGUACGCCUUCAAAACUUGACCAAUCUAUUCAGAAACUAUUCCUGGAAAAAUCAAAACAGCUUUCAAUAUCUACACCAGAAAGACAAGAUAAGAAAUUAGAGAGUUUUGAUCUCACGCCGACCGCUGAGGUAUAUGAACAAUCACAAGCGGGAGGUUAUGACUCCCCUUUUCAUAAAUCAUCUGAAGGCAGUAGGCGAUCAGUUGCCUACACUGAAUCUGACCUCGAUGCGUCAGAAAAAUGGGAGGAUGAUGAUGAUGAUGCUAGUAAUGAUAGUAUGCUAGCAGAUGAUGAGGACGAUGACGAAGAAUUUGGUCAAAUUAUAUUUAGUAAACCGUACAUAGAAUAUGAUGAUAAGGUGGAUGCCUCAUUUAGCUAUAAUAUGGUACAAACAAUGCCAGAAAGUCCAGUCGUGUGGGAACCGGAACCGGAAGAAGAUGAUGUAUUUCAGGACAAUAUGCCUGUAGCAUCAAGUGGUUAUCAUCCGGAAGACUCAUUAGAAUCGUCCGACGAAGCAUUUGGUGAUGCCCGGAAACAAAUGCAAGAAAUUCACGAACAACUUCAGACCUUACGUGAUCAAAUGGUUACUUUCGACAAGGAAGAUGACGAUUCUAGUCUUCCGAAUUCACCAUUUAACGACAGAAUAUUGAAUAUUCCGAAAGGCGAUAAGGAUUAGAAGCAAUAAUUAUUAGUGAUGUUCUUCCUAUCAUAGACAUUGUUUAGGUUUUAAUGCCAUUAGACAUUGGGUAUAGAAAUCUUGGCAUAAGUCAUUAUGUAUUAUAACACUCUUUUGAAAAUUAACUUAGAUCCGUUACAUUUUCAAAUGUUUUCUGAUUUUGCAUCAGAGUUGAUAUGCAACCUUCCUUAAAUACGCCUUAAUUUUAUUCGCCUGAUUUUUGCCAACAAGCAAUCAAAUCAAAUGAAAUCAGACACUCCGGUUUAAUACCACUUCAUUGUGAGAAGGACUAAGAUUAAGAGCAUUAUGUCGUGCAUGGAUUGUACUGUUGAAAGAUUUCUCAAAGAUCUAAGUUUAAAAGAAGACUGUGUUUCACAUCGCAUUUUUCUUAGUUUUAAAGGACUUAGAAAGAUCCCCCUUCUUCCAAAUUUAAAAAAAAAGUAUAUAAAUAGAAAAAAACAUUUAAAAAAAAUAAAAACAAAUAAACAAAAAGGCUACUACUACAUCCUUAAGGUAUUACAAUUUAUUGAUUUGUGGUUGAAUGAAUCAACGAUUUACGGUCUCAUAAUGAAAUCGUAUAUUGUAAAGCAAAAUGCAACCCUCCUUCCCUGAAUUGAUGUAUGAUGUUUGAUCUGAAACAAAGGAAAAAUGUCAAUUAUUGCAACAUAUGGAUGCAUUGUUUCUCAUUAUUUGGAAAUAAAUCAGAAAACAGUAAAAUACAUGCACGGCUGCCAAAUUGCGUUCUCUUACCAUUCACUUCUAAUAUUUUUCAAGAUAACAUCAGUGACUGAAUUGCACUAACCUCCGAAAAGCUAUCUUGAAUGACAAUGAUAUUGUUUUUAUGGGAACAAGUAGGCAAAAAAAAUCAAAGGUGGAUCAAUACGAGUAAGUCGAAGACAGACCAACAAUACAAUGAAGAGAACAAAUAUUAGUUGGUGAUCUUUAAGGUCAAGAAGGGAAUUCCAAUCUUACUCGACAGGUUACACCCGUCUUGUUGAUCAUAUAACAUACAAAUACGUUUCAUUUAAUGUGUGGCCAUUACUACUCUUUCUCACAUU